UUUUGCUCGAACUCACUUGGUGAGCGCUUUAAAAGAGGCAACCAGGCAGGCUGUUACAAGCAGAGCCAGGCUCGGAGGGUAGGUAGGUACGUGGAGUGAACUCGGGCGCAGGCAGGUUGUUCUGCCAGUACGAGCGGCAAGAUCCCUGCUUUUGUGUCCAGCGCUGUGAUUUGGAUUAGCAAAGGCUCCCGGACCCCCUGCCCUUCUCCGCCUCCCUGGGCGAAGGAAGGAACCUGCGCGCUCCUUGCUCCUUGCCUCCGCCGCCACCAUGUCCAAUGUGCACCUCUCAAGCGCCUCGGCUCUGGAGCGCCUGGCCGCUCGCCGGACUUUCCCCGUGCACGCCCGUACCGGGGUGUGCAGGAAUCUCUUUGGUCCCGUGGAUCACGACGAGCUCAACCGGGAACUGAAGGGGAAGUUGCAGGAGAUCUGCGAGGACGGCCAGAGGCGCUGGGACUACAACUUCCAGACCGAGACGCCGCUGCCUGGCUCAGGCAGGCUGCAGUGGGAAGAGGUGGAGGCUGAUUCCGUGCCUGCUUUCUACCGGGAAACGCUGCAGGUUGGGAGGUGCCGCUUCCCGGUGCUGGUGAUUCGGUCGAAGCCUGGCAGCGCGGAGGCUCCUCCGGAGAUGGAGCCCAGGGACUCUUCCCAGGAGACAGGGCUUUCUUCUUCGAGCCCCUCCCCUGUGAGCCCUCAGGGCAAGACGGCCACCUUAGAAAGCAGUAUGUCGGCAGCCGCGGGCGAGGAACGCCUCAACCAGGAGAACCGGGCCGAUCCACUCAACAACUACUCAGGGAUUACAAUCAAGCCUGUCCCAUGUGCCGCUGCGGCUCUGAAAAGAGCAUCGUCCACCAGUGUAGCUCACAUCACAGAUUUCUUCGCAAAGCGGAAACGGAUCAUAGACCCGAGAGAUCAUGCCAGCGCGUUGCCAGCGUCUGUCACUGCUGUCCCCUCUGAGCAGACACCCCGGAAAAGGCUCCGAUGAAUGAGAUUUUGCACUAUGUAACACCGAAGUGAUUGUUUCCUUGGAAACACCAGAGCUUCAGAGAGGCCCUUCCUCUCUGCAGGUCAAAGGGAAUGGCGAGAGAGACCAGAGUAUGAAAGAAGAGUGGCCUGAUUUUUUUCCAUGUGUAUGUUUUUUGCUUUUGGUCCUCUUCUGCUCAUGCCCCAGAAGGAAGUGCUUGUACCUCCAUGUAGCAAAAGUGGCUGCUGACCAGCCACGUGACGGAGCAGUGUUAAUUUACAACUGUGCAAUGUAUUAUGUGUUAUAUAUAAAAAAUGUAUUAUGCCUAAUGUGAGUACACUGGCCAGAAGUGUAAAAGCUUUAAAGUCACUUAUAUAAAUGUUUAAUCUCUGCUGAUUUCUCAGUGCAAAAAAUGUAUAUUUGUAAAAAAUAAAAUAAAAAUACAAACAACUUAAGAGUUAUACUAACUUAUAUUUUCUAUUUAUGUCAAAAGGCGGAUAACUUCGGUUGACACCCCGUAGUCUGUUCUGUGUUUUUGGUUUUGUUUCUUAUUUGGUUAAGCCAAAGGGCACUAUAUAUUUGCUUUUGUUGUUGUUAUUUACAAAAAUGUAAAAUUAUUUUUAUAGUGGGUUUUUUGCAUUCACAAAAUGUAGCUAUGAAUCAAAAUUACUUUAGUUAUUACUUGAAAAAACUCUGAUAACAAUGGUUCCUGAGCCGGUCUGUACCACUGCCAUUGCAAAUUUAUGCCACAUUGUUAAAAUAAAAAGGAAUCCAAUGUCAAUUAA